CCCCCGCCCGGGGAACGGCCAUCUUGCAAGCUGAGGCGGUGGCGGCGCUGCGGUGGUGCGGUGGCCUCGGUCCCGGCGCGGUGAGGCUCUUCCUUCCCUGCUCCGGCCUCGACCACGGCGAGCCUGAGCGCGGCGGCGGCCCACGCGCGGCGACGGGGAGAGAUGAGCAGCAACAGCAAUAAAAGAGCUCCAACAACAGCAACCCAGCGGCUGAAACAGGACUAUCUCCGAAUUAAGAAGGACCCGGUACCUUAUAUCUGUGCUGAGCCCCUCCCUUCCAAUAUUCUUGAAUGGCACUAUGUGGUCCGAGGCCCAGAGAUGACCCCUUAUGAAGGUGGCUAUUACCACGGAAAACUAGUUUUUCCCAGAGAAUUUCCUUUUAAACCUCCUAGUAUUUAUAUGAUAACGCCCAAUGGAAGAUUUAAGUGCAAUACGAGGCUGUGUCUUUCCAUCACGGAUUUCCAUCCAGACACGUGGAACCCUGCCUGGUCUGUCUCCACCAUACUGACUGGGCUCCUUAGCUUCAUGGUGGAGAAAGGCCCCACCCUGGGCAGCAUAGAGACGUCGGACUUCACGAAAAGACAACUGGCUGCACAAAGUUUAACAUUUAAUUUGAAAGACAAAGUUUUUUGUGAAUUAUUCCCUGAAGUCGUGGAGGAAAUCAAACAAAAACAGAAAGCCCAAGACGAACUCAGUAGCCGACCCCAGGCUCUCCCCUUACCAGAUGUGGUUCCAGAUGGGGAAACACACCAUGGUCAGAAUGGGCUUCAGCUCCUCAAUGGGCAUGCACCAGGGGCUGGGCCGCACCUUGCAGGGCUCCAGCAGGCCAACCGGCACCACGGACUCCUGGGCGGCGCCCUGGCGAACUUGUUUGUUAUAGUUGGGUUUGCAGCCUUUGCCUACACGGUCAAGUAUGUGCUGAGAAGCAUAGCGCAGGAGUGAGCCAUAUGCCGUGGCCAGCAGAAGUGAUCAAAAACGAGGGACACUGGGCCCAAGCUUGCCAUGGGCUGGCUGGACGUGCCGCCGAGCGCAGGGUGGACCUGCCUGACUCCUGGGGUUAGCUUUUUAAAAACCUUGAAAAGGAAAACAAAACCAAAGUGUGUAAUUUGGAUUUAGAGGAGAUGCAAGAUCCUCAGCUCCCUGACCUCGCUCUGGGGUCUGUUGGGGACCAUGGAGCUUGGGUGUCGAGGAGGGGCUUCACGCUUUGGUUUUAUAGCUUAUCUCCUGUAUCGUCUUUUGGACCUGUUUUAGUAAACCUGUUUUUCAUUUUAUUAGAUUUGGUCACUUACAAAUACAAAACUCGAUUAUCACAUAUUCUGCGUGCAUUCUUGGUCCACUGGAGCCCUGGCUCACCAGGCAGGGGCAGUUCCCACAGCUGCACCCAGUUGGCAGGGACAGGGGGCCCGCCAUGGGGCCCAAGGGGGGCCAAGGACAGACACAGGCGGGGUCCGGGAGAUGUGGUGUUCAGCCUCAGCAUUUGAAAUGUGCUUGUGUCCGCUUGGGAAGAAGCGGUCCCUCCUAGGAACGUGGUUCUUCAUUUUGCUGAGGUUGAAGUUCAGCAUCUGCUUGCUGGCUGGCCACAAGGUGGCAUCCUUCCCCUGAAGAGCCACCUUGUCCUGUGUGAUCCUGAGGUGGUUUUCCCUCCCCCCACUUCCCUCCACAGCCCUGCCAGGCAGGGUCCCCACUGCCACCUCUGGCUUCCCAGAUGCUGUAGGCGGAUGCCCUUCAUGCCCACAGGAAGGUCCCGGCAGCCCUGUGGGGGGUCAGCACCUGACAGGCAGGUUCUGUGCACCUUGGGGCUCCCUCACCCUUGGUCCAGAUCUGUGGUUCACCCUGUAGAUGGGCUCACACGUUCCUUUUCACAGCUGAUCCAUCCAUGUCCAGUAUGGGCUCUUCCCUAGAAGACCCCACACGGCUCGGGCAUCACAGGAAGUGACGGGCCGGUGGGCUGUAUACGGCUCCCAUCAAGCACCUGGCUGAUGAUUUCACUUGCACAUCAUUUGAAAGUGGUGUGUGUGCGAGUCCCAGGCUGAGGUGCUCUGAUCUCACUCCAGGGCCAUAGGGCUUCAAGUGCAGCCAUGCACUUGUACGUCUUCAACAUUCUUUGGUUUUUGAUCAGUUUAUUUAAAAUUGCUCUAUAAUUUACCACUGUGUGUAUUUAACUCACUCUUGUGAACAACAUCUUCCAUUAUAUCUUUGUUCCUGAAUGCUGUGCUUUGUCUCUAUUGGAAACCCAUGUCCGUCUCAGGCGGUUGACAGGCUAGCCUGUGGGCUGGCCAGCAGCAUGGCCUGUGACGGGCUGGAGCUACUGUGCAGUGUGGAGGCGCCUCGUGAUGAGCUGUGGGCCCUGGGGCAGUGCCACACUGCCGUGCUGGUCCAGGCCUUGCCUCAGUCCACAGCUGGUAUCUGACCCAAACACUUAGUGUUUCCUGCGGUUUUCAAGAGGCAGAUUACUUAGCAAAUAUUUUACUUAAUGUGGGUUUUCUCGCCGUAUGUGAAAUCUCAACUAUUAAAAACUCUUUGUCAGCGGUAGAAAUAGAUCCGUGCUGUACAGAGCAUUCACCCAGUGUCCAAGGUGGCGUGCUAUCUGAAGUGACCCGAGGUAAAAGAUGACCUUGGGGUGCCUGGCUGGCCCAGUUGGAAGAGCAGGCGACUCUUCAUCUCGUGGUUGUGGGUUUGAGCCCCACGUUGGGUGUAGAGAUUGCUUAAAAUAAAUAAAAGUGAAAAAAAGUUAAA